AUGGAGAAGGCGUUUGGAAUUUUCGGAGGAGGGAACAAGCAGAAGAUAAAGGGGACAGUGGUGUUGAUGCGGAAGAAUGUGUUGGACAUCAACAGCAUCACCAACCCUUCCACCGUCGUCGACACCAUCUUCGACAUCUUCGGCACCGCCAUCGACACUGUCACUGCUUUUGCCACCUCCAUCUCCAUCCAGUUGAUCAGUGCUACCAAGCCUGACGGGAAGGGGAAAGGAAAAACUGGAAGUGCUACAAAGUUAAGAGGGCAGAUAUCAUUGCCAACCUUGGGAGCUAAGGAAGAAGCAUACGAUGUUGAUUUUGAAUGGGAGACUGACUUGGGAAUUCCUGGUGCAUUUUACAUUAAGAACUUCAUGCAAAAUGAGUUCUACCUCAAGUCUGUCACUCUCGAAGACAUUCCCAACCAAGGAACCAUUCACUUCAUAUGCAACUCCUGGAUUUACAAUUCCAAUUCAUACAAGACUGAUCGCAUUUUCUUUUCCAACAACACAUAUCUUCCUAGCGAUACACCGGCCCCUCUUGUGAGUUACAGAGAAGAAGAGUUGAAGAAUGUAAGAGGGAAUGGAACUGGAGAACGCAAGGAAUCGGAUAGGAUCUAUGAUUAUGAUGUCUACAAUGAUUUGGGUGACCCAGAUAAAAAUGCCCAGUUGGCUCGCCCCGUUCUUGGAGGUUCUGCCUUACCUUAUCCUCGUAGAGGAAGAACCGGAAGAGGAAAAACUAAAAAAGAUCCUAACAGUGAGAAGCCGAGCGCCUUUGUUUACCUUCCAAGAGAUGAAGCAUUUGGUCACUUGAAGUCAUCGGAUUUUCUCGUUUAUGCAUUGAAGUCUGUAUCACAAGAUGUGCUGCCUGUGUUGACUGAUGCAUUCGAUGGAAGCCUUUUGAGCCUUGAGUUUGAUAAUUUCGAGGAAGUGCGCAAGCUUUAUGAAGGUGGAGUUACACUGCCUACAAAUUUUCUUAGCAAAUACGCUCCUAUACCAGUUCUCAAGGAAAUUUUUCGAACUGAUGGCGAACAGUUCCUCAAGUAUCCACCACCUAAAGUCAUGCAAGUGGAUAAGUCUGCAUGGAUGACCGAUGCAGAAUUUGCUAGAGAAACCAUUGCUGGUGUCAAUCCUAAUGUUAUUAAGAUUCUUGAGGAGUUUCCACCACGUAGCAAGCUAGACACUCAAGCCUAUGGUGAUCAUACCUGUAUAAUAACAAAAGAACAUUUGGAGCCUAACUUAGGCGGGCUCACUGUUGAGCAGGCUAUCGAGAACAAGAAGUUGUUCAUCUUAGAUCACCAUGACUAUCUCAUUCCAUAUUUGAGGAGAAUAAAUUCAUCUACCACAAAGACUUAUGCUACAAGAACCAUAUUUUUCUUGAAAGAUGAUGGAACUUUGACACCAUUGGCAAUUGAGUUAAGUAAGCCGCAUGGUCAGGGUGACGAAUAUGGUCCUCUUAGCGAAGUUUAUGUGCCUGCGUACGAAGGAGUUGAAGCUUACAUUUGGUUAUUGGCAAAGGCUUAUGUUGUUGUGAACGAUUCGUGCUACCACCAAAUCGUUAGUCAUUGGCUAAACACUCAUGCCGUUGUUGAGCCUUUCGUCAUAGCAACAAACAGGCAACUGAGUGUGGUUCACCCUAUUUACAAACUUCUUUUUCCUCACUAUCGUGACACCAUGAACAUUAAUUCACUUGCCCGCAAGUCCUUGGUCAAUGCAGACGGUAUUAUAGAGCAAACAUUCUUGUGGAGUAGGUACUCUUUGGAAAUGUCCGCUGUGAUUUACAAAGACUGGGUUUUCAGCGAUCAAGCAUUACCCAAUGAUCUUGUCAAGAGGCUUGAUACAACUGUGGUGCUAAUCAAUGUUAUUUGGAUGCACAGAGGAGUUGCUGUUAAAGAUCCAUCUGCUCCUCACGGUGUUAAGCUUUUGAUUGAGGAUUAUCCAUAUGCUUCUGAUGGGCUAGAGAUAUGGGAUGCCAUCAAGUCCUGGGUGCAAGAAUAUGUCGCAUUCUACUACAAGUCGGAUGAGGUACUUCAAAAAGACCCUGAACUCCAAGCUUGGUGGAAAGAACUUGUUGAGGUGGGUCACGGUGAUUUGAAAGAUAAGCCAUGGUGGCCAAAGAUGCAAACACGUGAAGAGUUGGUUGAAGCCUCUGCUACCCUCAUAUGGAUUGCUUCAGCCCUUCACGCAGCAGUUAACUUUGGACAGUAUCCAUAUGGUGGUUUAAUCCUUAACAGGCCAACUAUUAGCAGAAGAUUCAUGCCUGAGAAAGGUUCUGCUGAGUAUGUUGCAUUGGGUAAGAACCCUGAGAAGGAGUUUUUGAAAACUAUUACUGGCAAGAAAGAGACCCUCAUUGACCUUACGGUUAUAGAGAUCUUGUCAAGGCACACAUCUGAUGAGUUCUACCUUGGGGAGAGAGAUGGUGGUGACUAUUGGACUUCUGAUACCGUGCCAUUGGAGGCCUUUAAGAGGUUCGGAAAGAAGCUUGCAGAGAUUGAAGAGAAGCUUGUACAGAAGAACAAUGACGAGACAUUGAGAAACCGCACUGGUCCAGCUAAAAUGCCUUACACUCUGCUCUUUCCUUCUAGUGAGGAGGGAUUGACUUUCAGAGGAAUUCCCAACAGUAUCUCUAUCUAA